AUGUGGAUCCAUGGAGAUGAAGACUGGGAGAGAGGGAAAUGUCUCACACAGCAGUCUCCUGGGGCUGUGGUGUCAGCAGCCUCGAGCCAGGCUGUGAAUACUGAAAACACGGCAUCAUGGGGUUAUGUUUUGCUGCUACUGCUGUAUAAACAGAACUAGCCGCUAGCUACCAGCACUGUCUGCUCUGGCUGGAUCCUGAUCUUAGUGACGGGCCUGACGGGUCUCCAUGGUAGGAAAUGAAGAGUCACCGUGUACCGUGCAGCCACAGGCUUAGAGAUCCAAUCACUCCUCAGGGCUCUACAGUGCAACCAUUUACUCCCAUAUGCGCCUAAAUAUUUUGCUUUGUGACCUGGAAUUUUAAUUUCGGAGCACCAGUAUGCCUAGAAAAAUGAAGGAUUCUAGCUUAAUUACCUCAUAUAUUUCAUUGUGUUCCUACAUUUCUUUGUGUGUGCCUACAUUUUUUAAUUUAGAAUCACACGUGCUCCUUGUAAAUAAAAGGUCAGCGUAGAGCCCUGCUCCUCCGACCAAAACUCCCUUGGCCUCCGCUGGCCCCGCCAGGGCCCGUCAGGUCGGCACACUAACCUCUGCUCUGCUUCCCACUGCCUGAUAGACCUAGAUUACACAUUAGGCAAAGACCGAUUAGGAGCAUUAUAAUCUGGGUAAUCCAUGAGCCACUGGGGGAUUAGACCAUUAUUUGAAGCUGCUCGCAGUGGUCACAAGAGACAAUGAAUUCCCAUUUUCUUUCUGUCUUUCUUAGCUUUAAUUCAGGAAGGCUCAAGGAAAGCCUUAUCUAAAGCUAAGUGUAUCAGUUAAUGAUUUCAAAAAAUUGCACCUGCCUAGAACAGUGUUUUCCAUUGGUACUUGGGGUAGCCAGCCAAAUAGAAAAAGUAGCCAGCCAGGGAGUUCCGGGGAAAUUCUUUUUUGAGCUCUAUUUUGGUUGCAUAUGGUACAUUCUAAUACCUUGAUUCCAUCUGAAAUACACAGAUAAACGAUUUAAUACUUUGGUAUUGAGUAGAAAGACAUGACUUUGCAAUUAAAAUUACUGAAAUUGUAUAAAUUCAGUGUGUUAGUAGAUGUGGGUAUUGUCUAGGCCUAGGCUUCUAUGAUCAGGACUAUAUUCUAAGUAUGAUGACCUUCUUUAACAUUAAACCUGUCUUCUCUUGAGAUUCAAGUCAUGUUUACAGUUUUACUGCAAGAUAUGAAUUGCCACAAUGAUGUUUGUUAAAAUUAUGUAUUUUGUCUGCUGCGGACAUAAAGGUAAUAUGGGUGACCUAUACCAUUAACAGUUUGGCCUGUCAAUCAAUCACUGUGGGUGAGACAUUGAAGGAAGGCAGCAGAUUAUUAAUCUUGUCAGAAAAACUAGUCUAGUCUACCCUUUCAAUUUAGUUUGUGGCAAAAAUCUAAGAGAAAAGGUUGUGUUGUGUUCUGUCAAGUAAACAUAUAUCGUUUUUUUUUAUGCAAACAUUGUCCGGUUUUGUUCACCUCCACUUUUCUACAAAGUCAGGCGCCCAUGAAUAGACCUACAGGUAUGAUUGAACAAUGAAGCAGUUUGACAUGGGCUUUGCUACACAGAACAAACUCAAUCAUCAAGUUUGCUGACUACACAACAGUGGUAGGCCUGAUUACCAACAACGAUGAGACUGCCUAUAAGGAGGAGGUGAUAACCCUAGCGGAGUGGUGCUAGGAAAAUAACUUCUCCCUCAACGUCAACAAAAUGAAGGAGCUGAUCGUGGACUACAGGAAACGGCAGAGAGAGCAAACCCCCAUCCAUAUCGAGGCCACAGUGGAGAGGGUCAAAAGCUUUAAGUUCCUCGGCAUGCACAUCACUGAGGACCUGACAUGGUCUCUCCACACCACAGGAGACUAAAGAAAUGUGGCUUGGCCCCUAGACUCUCACAAACUUCUACAGAGGCAACAUUGAGAGCAUUCUGUCAGGCUGUAUCACCGCCUGGUACGAUAACUGCACCGUCCGCAACCGCAGGGCUCUCCAGAGGGUGGUGCGGUCAGCCCAACGCAUCACUGGGGCACACUGCCUGCCUUCCAGGACAUCUACAGCACCCGGUGUCACAGGAAGGCCAAGAAGAUCAUCAAAGACCCCAGCCACCCGAGCCACGGCCUGUUCCUCCAUCUAGAAGGAGGAGAGACAGUACAGGUGCAUCAAAGCUGGGACCGAGAGACCUGAUAAACAGCUUCUGUCUCCAGGCCAUCAGACUGUUAAAUAUUCACCACUAGCCGGACUCCGCCCAGUACCCUGCCCUGAACCUUAGAGACUGCUGCCCUAUGUACAUAGUCAUUGAACACUGGUCACUUUUAAUCAUGUUCACAUACAGUUUUACCCACUUUAUAUAUAUAAACUUUAUUCUAGUUAUGGCUCAUCCUAUAUAACUACUGCUGUACACCUUUUCUAUUCAUAUGCUGUCUAUACACACCAUUAUACACUCAGUGGCCAGUUCACGAAAACGGUUCAAUCCUACAGACAGUGAGUCACGUAGCAAUGGCUUGCUAUAUAAAGUAGGCAAAAAGGCAUCGAGGCAUUGUUACUGUACGAUUGAACGUUAGAAUGGGCAAAACGAGUGACCUAAGCGACUUUGAGCGUGGUAUGAUCGUCAGUGCCAGGUGCGCCCGUUCCAGUAUCUCAGAAAUGGCCAACCUUCUGGGUAAUUCACACAUGAGUGUCUAGGGUUUACCGAGAAUGGUGCAACAAACAAAAAAACAUCCAGUCAGCGGCAGUCCUGUGGGCGAAAACAGCUCGUUGGUUUGAGGUUGAAGUACAAUGGCAAUAAUCAUGCAAGCUAAUAGGCGGGCCACAAACAGGCAAAUAAUGGCACAGUACAACAGUGGUGUGCAGAACGGCAUCUCGGACCGCACAACUUGUCAGUCCUUGUCACAGAUGGGCUAUUGCAGCAGACGACCACACCGGGUUUGACUCCUAUCAGCUAAAAACAAGAAGAAGAUGUGGCUCCAUUAAGCACGCGAUCACCAACACUGGACAAUUAAGGACUGGAAAAACAUUGCCUGGUCCGAGGAAUCUCGGUUCAUGUUGCGUCAUGCUGAUGACAGAGUCAGGAUUUGCCGUAAGUAGCAUGAGUCCAUGGCCCUAUCCUACCUGGUGUCAACGGUACAGGCUGGUGGCGGUGGCGUAAUGUUGUGGGAAAUGUUUUCCUGGCACACAUUAGGUCCCUUGAUACCAAUUGAGCAACGUUUCCAUUCCCCAAAGAAUUCAGGCUGUUCUGGAGGCAAAGUGGGGUCCGACCCGGUACUAGAUGGGUGUACCUAAUAAAUAUUCCGGACUGUGACAUUGCUCAUUCUGUAUUUCUUGAUUAUAAUUUUUUUACUUAUUGGAUUAUGUGUGUGUUGUUUUGUAUUGCUAGGUAUUACUGCACAAGCAUUUCGCUGCACCUGCAACAUCUGCAAAUUUGUGUACCCAACCAAUAAACUUUGAUUUGAUUGAGAAAGCAGCAGCUGACUACUCCAUUGUUGACACUUUAAUCAAAUCAUUAGGCCUAUAUCAAUAUAUUUACUAAUACCAAAUAAGUAUCAUGACAUUAGUUUUUAAAACCUUCAAUCUGUUUUCUUUUAUCAUAUUUUGGACCAGAAUGAGGCUCUCUCUCCACUGCCUAUUGUUCCGUCAGUGAGGACUAAACAGCUUUAUCGAAUGUUUUCAUAAUUUAUCUGCAGAUAAUCUCCAAAAAGCAGUAGUAGCCUACCAGUAUGCAAAUUGGGGAGCCAAAUGAACGGCUCUCUCACCGAUUCGGUUCCGUUCACCUUAAAGAUAAGUUCAAAAAGAGCCAUCCGUUCGCAAACAACCCAUCACUAGGCUACAUCAAUGACUGUAUGGGGCUACACUGACGAGUCACUUUAGCGGUCACAGGCAAGUCUCGACAUGGGCUUCGAAUCCUAGGAAAAUACACACAAGAUCUUUGGUUUACUUGUCCCAAUGCAAUACCCUGGACAUAUAACUACGUUGUAUGAUUUAUGAAUAGCAAAGGGAUAUAUGAGAUUGACUUUAUUCAGUCAGUUCGACACCUUUUUAUAAACUACUUUCGGUCAUCCAAUCAAAUGACAGUAAAUAGCCUAUAUGACCAAUCUGUGGCUGGCUAAAGGCCUAUGAAACACGCAAAAUAAAAUGUAAAUGAAUGUGCCAUAAAACAAUAAUUAUGUGGAUUUCAACUCAUCGUUACCACUUACAUAACAUGGGACGUGUAAAUUCACGCACAGGAGACGACGAAGAAGCAUCAUGCUCUCCUUCCGUGAAAAUAAAUUUGACCGCAGCCAACCACAGCGCACAAAAAUAAUACAGGUUCCGAGAGUUUUGGGACAAACAGCAGACUAACAAAACAGAAGUUUGUCAUUGCUGGCUUUUGACUGACAGGCGCAUGUCAUCGAUGGCUGUGACUGACAGGCGCCUGUGCUAUCAAUAGAUUGCUAGAAGAUGCAUAUCGUUCAUUCUAGUGGGAAAAGCCUAUACUGACUUUUCUGACUAGCGAAUUUAAACGUUUAAAUGAAAAGAAGCCUGGUUAAUGAAGUGGGGAAAAAGUAGCCAGCUGACAAUGUCUGUUAUCGGCUAUUUAGCCGACAGCCGGCGCUUAUGGAAAACACUGCUAGAUUUGUUUCUCCAUCAACAUGUCCUGUUUAGACAGUCACAUUUUCACUGCCUGGGUUCUGCCCUUUUAUCCUUUAGUCCACUACUCUUGCUCUCUGUGAUCAUGUGUCAAUGUCCUUACGGUCCCUUCUCCAGGUUACUGUGUCAGGGUUUGGGGUGGAGGUGAGUUGAUGUGGCCUUGUAACCUUGAGCAGGCGUCGCUCCCUGUGUGCCUAACUUUGGUCUUGGCUCACUCAGAUCUGGAGACUCUCGUCUCUAAACCUACUGGGUGCAUGGAGUGCAUCAUGUCCACACAGACCGACUGGCAGCAGGAUUUGUCUGGGCUUUACCCCUGUGAAGUGGAGGCUCCUAGUGGAGCGCUAGGCUGGCAGACAACAGAUGCGGGGGGCUACAGAGGAAUUUGUAAGGCAAACAAGCUGUAAUCGUCUCCUGCGUCUGGCCUUGGUUUGGGGAUGGUCUGCAGGGCAGGGGGAGAGACCAGACAGAGACCGAGGGGGUACGGGUUAGUGUAGAGAGGAUUACAGCGUGCUGGGCUUUCAGUGCCUUAGACCAAAUGACAUGCGCACACACACUUGAGUUUAUUUGUGUGUUUCUAGGUUUACUUAUUAUUAGGCCUACUUCAAACAUUCUACCUGAACAAAGGUAGAAGACUGAAGCACAUGUCAAAAGUGAGUGAUGCUGUAACCUCCACUUUGGGCAGACUAAAUUCCAUUGAAAGGUUAAGCAGUAAAAAGUAUUGGCUAAGGGAGUUUAGUCUUUGUUCACAUACGUCAUUUAUUUACAGUUCCAACUGGGAGGAGACACAGACGCGUUUGACUAAUAUAUUUUCUAGAUGUCCUGAAUGAAUUCAUUGACAGUUUGCCAAGAAACCUAAAACACACCAGUCUAAAAUCACAAGGGAGGCCCAGAAAAAUCUGGUCAGUCAAGGGACCCCAGUCUCUCUUUUCGUUACCCUUGUCUACUUCAAUUUCUAUCAGUAGUUAUUUUCCACAUUUUUGUUGUUUUGUGGAUGGAUGAAUCAUUCUACACUACAUGAUAUACUGUAGGUUAGGCUAGUUCUGUGUGGGACAGCCAAGCCUUUCCUGUUUAGAGCCGACAUGCACAAUGUAAAAGAGAGCUACUUUUAAAACCACUUAGUGGAUUUCCACUUCACUUAGCUUUCCCUGCAAGCAGGUAGUCCCGUUUGUCUGUCACUGGCAUUGUCCCCAACUAUGUUUAGAGCGCUCAGAGUAACUCGAUUGACUUCUUUGACCUGUCUUCCUGAAUGGGGCGGUGCUUAGCCCCAAAUGACCAACAGGACGCUGUAACAAUGUCUGUACAGAACCGUACCUCAUAUCUCAAUACCUCAUAUAGAGUAUGUACAGGAUAUAGUCAUUGAAUUCAAUAGAAUGUACAUUUACUGAUAAUGUGUACUUUUUCCUACCCAGGUUUUGCUCACGUCGAGGUGAAAGCCUGUGACAUAGGAUAACUUUCUCCUGAACUUUAAUUUGAAACCGUCCUAAAUUGUUCUAUUGUUUUCCCUAUCUCUCUACCUUUCUGCAGUACAUCAAUGGUGGGAACCUGGAACAGCUGCUGGACAGCAACAAGCCUCUGAGCUGGGCUGCCAGGGUCAAGCUGGCCUGUGAGAUUGCCAAUGGCCUAGGCUACCUGCACUCCAAAGGCAUCUUCCACCGGGACCUCACUUCCAAAGUGGGUGGCAGUUAACUGUGGCUGGAUGCGUCUGAAAUGUGGUGCUCUAUAAAGGGAAUAGGGUGCCAUUUCAGAUGCACCUGUGUUUCCUUUCUAAAACAGAAUAAUACAUCUAGUCAGCCUUAAUGUACCGUAACGGGUGUGUUCCAGUGUGUUUUCUUCAAACCAUGGGAGUUGGGACCUGGUUUCCUCGCAUAGUACUUGAUGUUAUUGUGAUUAUCUGGCUAUAUCGGUUUCUUCAAUUGCGGGUUGAAACUGAGCCACAUGGGGCUUUGACUCAUGGGGCACCUCUUGAGUUGAAUCUAAUCGACCAACACUCUUUGUUUGGUGGCUAUGUGAUUUAGUUUAUUUCUGAUUCAGUUCAAGUAUGACUGAUUUGAGCAUUAACUCUGAAAACUUUCCCAUUUCCUCCAUAAAUGUCAGUCAUUUUAGAAGCUCAUAAUGGAAUUUGUGCUCACUGUCCUCAGAACUGCCUGAUCAAGUCUGAUGAGAACGGCUACACAGCAGUGGUCGGAGACUUUGGUCUCGCUGAGAAGAUUCCCAGCUAUGAGUAAGUCAUUUCCACGGAAACGGUUAUAUAUUAAACAGGAGCCAGUGCUAUACAAACACAAUGUUGGUUGACAUUCAUUGCUUAAACAGUUUUUAGCACGAUACAUAAGAUAAAGAUCAACACUGAAAUUGAAUCCCACGGUUUAAUCAACAAAAACUCCAAAAAUAAAAUCUAGAUUUGCUCCUUUGAGUCGAAGUCCAGUGAAAUGUCUCUGUACUAAAUGAAUGUGGGGCUGGGAGGUAAAGGGAUGGAGAAGUGCCAGUAGGAGAGGGUCAUUUGAUUAGGCAGGAACAUGAAGUACUGUUCAGGAAUAAACUGGCGCGCUAGGCUAAUAAUACCAGAGCAGGUUAAGAAGGCCUCUCUCUCGCUCUCGCUCUCGCUCUAGGCUAUGACUUCAGUAUUACAUAUUAAUCUGAUCAAGAAUCGGCCUUCUUUCAAAACAAAGUUGGAGAGAAAUAACAAAUAUUUUGGUUUGUCUAAUUGUUGCGAUAAAUAUUGCAAAAAUAGUCAAAUUGUGUGAUGUACUGUAAUGAAUUGCAUUAUUCCCUCACCCAAAAGGCUUGUAAACUCCCAGUCUGUUUAUCUUCCUGUACUUGUGUUGUGCCUGCAGUGGUGAGGGGGAGAAGUUGGCUGUGGUUGGCUCUCCCUUCUGGAUGGCCCCUGAGGUGCUGCGAAAUGAAUCCUACAAUGAGAAGGUAGGUCCCUGAUCUCUAACCCUUGACCUCUACUCUUGACAGGACUGGACAGGACCACUGGUCUGAUACACAUCAACCCCCCAAGCUAAGAACUCAUCUCAAACGUCUGUCUCUCUGUUUUCUUCCAUUUCCAGGCGGAUGUGUUCUCCUACGGUAUUGUCCUCUGUGAGAUUAUUGCCCGAAUACAGGCCGACCCCGAUUACCUUCCUCGCACUGAAGUGAGUAUUGCUCCGUUUCCUCAGUCCUCCUCAUCCCCUUGAUACAUCACGUUACAUAAGACUAACACUCAUAAGACUCAUGUCUGGGAUCUAGUUGAAAUGACGUUGGCACCAGGGGUGAAGAACAGCUUUUUCAAUAUGUUGGGUUAGAUGCCAAAAACAGAUUAACAUAGAUGAAAUCCCAGUAUGAAUUUCCUGUCUGACCUCUCUCUCCACUCCCUCCUUGAUAGAAUUUUGGCCUGGAUUAUCAUGCCUUCCAGCACAUGGCAGGAGACUGUCCUCUUGACUUCCUGCAGCUGGCCUUCAACUGCUGCAACGUGAGUGAGCCCUCAAUCUCUCAAUUUUCCAAAAACACAAAACUGAUUCCAAAAUCUUUAUUUUCUUGUGUGGGAUAGAAACUAGAACACAAUCUGAUUUAGCAGUACCCCUGAUCUUGUUUGACCUGGCUGCUGUAUCCCCCCUCCCUUUCCCCCCACUCCUCACCAUGUCCGUGUCCACUUUCUCCAGAUGGACCCCAAGCUGCGACCCUCGUUUCCUGAGCUGGUCAAGAGGCUGGAGGAGAUCCUGUGUCGGUUGAAGGCCGAGGAGUCUGAACAAGAGAGGAUCCCCCUCAGCGGGGACAACGAUAAGAAAACCUUCCCUAAAGGUGAUGCCUCCAACCACCUCAUAUCUAACCCCUUCAGAAGCCUGACUGCCAUGGCAGUGGAACUGUUUCAUGUAAUGAUUCUUGAAGAUAAUUUUAUGAGGAUAGCAUAAAAUUUGCAUGAUCAAAACAUCAUUUUAUGAGGAUAGCAUAACAUAUGCAUGAUCAAAACCAUAAACAUCACCACCUAAUAAACUCCCUAAAACAAUACAAACUGUGUAAAGAUGCCCCUCAGCUACCCAUUUCCCUUCAAUGUACAUUUCCACUGGCAAUAAAAGCUUGCCUGGCAUGACUGCCAUGUUAGCCCGCAGUCCUGCACCACUUGACACCCAGUUUCCGUGUAAUGGCUGCACAGUGCAGACCAAUGGUUUCUUGGAACCAGGAAGAAGCUAUUAACCAAGCAGCAGUGGGGCUGCCUCCCAAAUGGCACCCAUUCCCUUUUAUAGUGUAAUACUUUUGACCACAACCCACACUAUAUAGGGAAUAGGGUGCCAUUUGGGAUAUACCCCAGGUCUGCUCUAAAUAGGUACAGUGGCAAGCCAGGGAUGUCCUUUCCCUCCCCAGCGCUGUCCCAAAGAGUCCCCUCAGUCCUUUCCUCUACAUUUAUCAUGCAGUGUCUGUUGCAGGUUCAAGUUGCCUUACAAUUUAGCAUGACGUAAACCUCUUAACCUCUUGAGUGUUUCACAAUCACCCGAUUCUGUGAAGCAAAGAAUAAGAUAUAGUACGGUUAUUUGUUGUUAGGUGGAAACCACCAUGUAUCCUUUGAGUAGGUUGUAAAUCAUUUGUCUUUUCUCAGAUCCUAUUUUAUUUCUAAUUUGGUUCAGGGGCCAUUUGGAAUGUUAGGGCUGGGCUUUGUUUUUGUUUAGCUGGCUUUCAUUCCUCGGCCGGUCCCUCCUUCUUCACUGUUUGUUUACCUUCUGCAUCUACAUUCUCUGAGGCCCCAGUCCACUUUAGUAUUUCUACUUCAUAUCUUAAUUAUUGGCAUUCACAUAAUGUUUUGAUCUAUGCCAUUUACUUCAAUGUAAGAAUUUGGCUGUGCCUUGUUUAUUUCUCAUGCCUGUACUGUAUAUCUUUGCAUAUAUUGCCCCCUGGUGGUUACAUUGGGAAUGAACACUUCAAAACAAUAAUGUGUUGUGGAGUAGAGAUUUGACUGUUGCCACUCUGUCUGUCUCUCUGUGUCUCUGUCUCGCUCUCUCUCUGUCCAGGUGACAAGGUCCAGGGGAUUAAGAGGUUGAACCCGUUGGGUCUGCAGGAUGAUAUGAUCUCUCCCAAAUCACCCCGUCCUCGCCGCAACAUCUGGCUGUCCCGCAGCCAGUCAGACAUAUUUUCCCGCAAGCCCAGCCGUAAGGUGAAUGUCCACGACCCCUACUACAACCCGGGGCCCAGGGCUGCGCCAGGGGCCCGCAAGAUCAACCCCUUCAAUGCCCGCGAGGACCUGUGCGGAGGCAAAAUCAAGUUCUUCGAUGUGCCCAGCAAGUCUGUGUUCUCCCUGAUGUUCGACCUGCACUCUCCCCAGGACAAUGUGUUCUCCUCUGGGACCCAGAUCCACUCUGGAGCCCCCGUCCACCCGGGUAUGUGGCAGGAGACCUGGUUUACUGGCAGACAGUGCCGCUCUCUGCCCGCCUCCCCCCAGCUGGCCCUCUUGGACGGCUGCUGCCCCCUUUCUGCCACCGUCUCCAAGUGUGACCCGGCCCAGCUGGGCCAAGAGGUCCGACAGAAGGUGCUCAGCGCCUGGGCCAGGAAAUAUGCUGUGAUGGAGAUCCCUCCUUACUGUGGAGGGAAAGAAACAAUACAGGAGGAGAACAGAGUAGAUGAGAGCUGGUCUCUCUCUCCCAAGCCCAGUGACAGUACAGAGGCUAUGGACUGCUCCAGCAGCCAAGGGAGUCCAGAGGAGGACAACGUCAAGGGCAAACACUUCUGCUGCCCAAUGCAGGCCCAGAAUGGAGGCCCAGUGGGGGACAGUAGGGACGCAGUGUCUGAGGAGAUGGAGGCUGAGGACCAGGAGGGCAUGCAGCAUCAGGGCACUCCCUGUCCAACUGUCACCAUCAGCCCACCCACAAACAGAGACCAUCUGAAUCCCAUUGUACUGAUGCCAUGUACGGCCCCACAAACCUCCACAGAACUGCCCUCUAAGUGUGACAUCAUCUAG